AUGGAGAUCGAGCAGAAUUCUGGCCUCGAGCAGAACUCUAGCGUCGUUCGGAAGUUGAGCAGAAUUUUGACGUUGUUUGGAAAUCUGGUAGAAUUCCGACGUCGGGAAGAAUUCCGACGCCACUUGGGAAGAAUUCCAGCGUCACUCGUGCGUCGGAGGGAAUUCUGGCUUCACUCGGGUGUCGGGCAGAAGUCCGGCGGUGGUCGUGAAUUUACAACCAUAGCAAAAGGGAAACAAGCCUCAAGGCCAUCAAUCUGUGGCAAACUGCACAGGUUCCUCUGUGAUGUGGCUGCUAGGCUCCCCUCCUCCUUUCAACUCAGUAUUACUGAAAAUUCUCCCCUGUCCUUCUUUUGGGACCCUUGGUGCGGUGGAUUAUCUAUCGCUGAUAGGCUUAAAUCUGAACACAUGGAACAUUUGAUUCAACCCAAUCACCUUCCUGUUCACUCGGUUUUGGUCAAUAAUCUUUGGAACUUGCCUUUCUCUUUGCCACCCAGCAUCAAGGUAGAGAUCUUAGCCGUCCCCAUUUCUACUGGCAUGGGUAAUUGUCUCUGGACGGGCACUGAUAAACCUGCUUUCAAUUCUUUCCACAAAGGCUUCUUUUUAAACGAGCAAACUGUUACCUGGUUUAAGCAUGUUUGGCAUAAACGUUAUGCUUUACGCUUCUCUCUUACUACUUGGAUGGCUUUUCGUAAUGGCCUUAAAACUGCUGAUAACCUUAUUGCUAGAGGUUUGGAUGUUAACACCUGUUGCAUUUUCUGUCAUCAUUCUGAGGAAAAUCAUAAACAUUUGUUCUUUGAGUGUGAGUUUACCUUCCAGGUGUUGUUGAAGGUAUUUCCCUAUUUUAACUGUAUGCUUCUAAGACCUAAUCUGGGUCAAGCCUUUCAAAGCAUUGAGGAUUGGGAUAUGGAUAAAAGCAGGAAAAACUAUUGCUUUAUGCUUCUUUGUGCUAUUGUUUACCAUCUUUGGCGAGCACGGAACGACAGGCUUUUUGGCAACCUGAUUGAUUGUCAAAACACUAUUAUUGCCAAGAUCAAGUGUACUGUGAAUCUUAAAAUUUCAAAGUGGAAAUGA